AUGCCUACUAUAUUAACACGAACAUUUGCUUUAUUAAAUAACAUCAAGCCUCCAACUAUAGAGGAAGAUAGUACAUCCAGUCAUAUCUUGGACAUAUCAAACAUUCAAAAAUACACAUCUACUCCAGAUAUAUCUAUAUGGAAAGCAGCGGAACAAGGCAACUUAGCUGCUCUCUUAUACUACGUUCAGAACUCCAGUGUAGAUCCCACAACGCUUUUGAAUACCCGAGAUCCAGACACAGAUUGCACUCUACUUCAUUUAGUUGUUUCAAAUAGCGCCAUUGAUACCUUACCUAUUUUAAAGUUAUUGUUAAACAAUGGCGCUGAUGCCACUGCUCGUAACGUAUAUAACGUUCAAGCCAUUCAUAUGGUAUCCUUACAUUGUCCUCAUCCUUUGGAGCCCAUUAAGCUCUUAUUGAAUCAUAAAGUUAGUCCUAACGCCCGGGAUGGCGAUGGAUGGACUCCUCUUCAUUAUGCUGCUAGAUUUUGUCAGCCACCGGAUGAAAUAUUAAAGUUGUUGAUAUCCAGAGGUGCUGAUGUUAAUUUGACUGACGCUGGUCAUAAGUCACCCCUUUUCGGUCUUCUAGCAAAUGGUGAUUUGACAACGGCUUUGGAUUAUCUUAUUCAUACAGCAAAAGCAGAUGUCAGUAUCCGUGGAGACUUUUUGGACCAAGCCAGUAGAAAAACAAAGCCAGGGACUAUUAUUUUACAGGCAGCCAAGUAUGGACGUAUUGAUUGUUUAUCCAUGCUCAUUCAAAGUACAGUAGCCAUGAACCAAUUUCGUAGAGUCAUUGAUCGCGACGAAUUGGAUCACGCUAAUUAUCUAGUCAAGGAUCAGCAGUCAAGAUUACGUAAAAGCGAUGGCACGGAUACUCACAUCCAAAAAUUGGAUUUGAUAUUGUCUCUUUUACAGGAACUGGAAGAUACUUUAGAAAGGGAUCCAUUAUCAUUAUUAAACAUAAGAAAGCUUAAUGUGACAUCUACAAUGACGAUAGAGCCAUCAAAAGACGGUCAGAAGAUUCAGCGAAGACAUACACUCAUGGUGAUGAUAGAUUCUAUGCGCAAAAAAAAAAGUUCGAAUACUGGUCAAAAUGCCCCAACGGUACAAAGAAAGACAUCCAACACUAGUAAGCUACUCAGAAAGAUGAGCCGAAUCAUACGAAGAACGAAAAGCGAAAAUAAUACUGCUACUAGCAACGCCACUGUUAUCAACAACAUAAACGAGAACAAGUCUACUGGUCCCAGUCGAUAA